AUGGGUUCUCAGACGUUAGAAAUAUUACGCCAAGGUGUUUGGGCUUCGUUGACAGGAGGAUGGUUUUAUGAUCCCCAUCAAAAUUUGUUUUGCAACACAGUCCACCUGUAUGUUUGGUUGUUUUUGCUAUGCCUGCCAUUCUCAGUGUACCUGUAUUUCCCGCCAGCGAGUACAGGUUGGAUUGUGUACUGUGUUCUCGUUGCACUACUGUUCACAAUACUAAAAAUACUGAACCAUAGUCUACACCAUAUGUAUGAUACAAGUGAGUGUAUUAUUGUACAACCUACUGGUGAAACAGGAGCACCUAACAAUAACACUGUACCUGAAGAAGGCAUGGAGAUGCAAAUGCUCCGUCUAGGUGGUGUAGUCGUGCAGGGUAGUGAUAAUGAGUCCAUCACAUCUUUGGAAUACCACAAACCCAAUAACAGUACUAUUGACUUAAAAGUUGAUGUACAUCGAAAAAAUAGCUCAGAAUCCAGUAUGGAAGAUAGUGCUAUGUCUGCUAAACAAUCUGAAGCAGUAGCCACAACAAAAUCAGACCUGUGUGUAAGCACAGAAAUACCUACGUUUGUAGAUGUGGCUGUAGGUACAACCAAAAACCGUCCACCCAAUAGAACACGAUCCAAAUCAGGUCACAAACGUGACCACCGAACCUCUAAAACCAGGAGAACGCAAGGGAGCAGAAUCAACGAGUUAAUAGUUGAAGAAGCAUCCAGAAAUAUAAGAGUAGAUAGUAAUUUACCAGUACACAUGUUAGUAGAUGAAGGACCUUUCGCAAAAGUUAGCAGGGGAUAUCAUGAAUUUCCCCAUAGACGAGGAUCGAAUAAUAGAGGUUCUUGCAAAGAAUGGUUAUAUUUAGACGGCAAUGAGGCAAUUGGAGAACACUAUCAAUCAAAGUUUGCCGGCACACAUGGAUUAGCUUUCGAAUCAAGGGAUAAUUCAGAGCUAAGUGUUGGCCCACCAUCACCCAAGAAACGGCCAGCUCACAGAAGAAGGUAUACUAAUUAUCCUGAUGAAAGCUGCACUAAAUCUGCUAUGGCAUUGGCUACAGCGCAAUCAUCUAACAUGAGAAGAAAUUCUAAUUCCACUAUGUCCACGAUACAACUACCGCUUUUAAAUUCUACUGCGCAACUUGUUUCACAUAUGAGAAGACAUUCAAACAACACUGAUACUGGUUUCUUUGCUAGUGUCGAAUUAGGAGAAUACAUGAUGGUGAAAGCUGAAGCUCCUAGUGGUGAUGCAGACAAAAACAAAGGUAAAAGUCCUGGAGUAAGAAGGAUAAAAAGUGCUGCUCUUGAAAUAGGAUGCCCACCACCUAGUGUGUCGAAUUUAUCACCUCAUCCAAAUAGUGCAGAAACAAUUGGUGGACAAAUGCUAAAGAAUCCGAAAAGUGCUGUGAUUCCACCUCCUAGUAAAAGUUUAACUCGGGGCCCCCAUCUUAAUCUUUAUCCCAAAAAUGAUUCCGGUGAAGGUUGUAGUUACCCCUAUCUGAGUUAUGGUUCAGAAAUAGUGUAUCCUAUUGCAGAAAUAUCAGACGAAAUGCAAACAUCGCAGAAGGAAACCGAUUUGGACUCUAGUGGCGAAAGUUAUAGUGAUUAUGAAGAUGAAAAACAAUUUCGAGGGUUUGAUUGGGAUGCAGAGCAAUCACCUGCUCUUCGCUCUAGUGAUUCCGAUUACGAGAAUAAUGGAUCUAGAUCACCUUUGCUAGAUAGACCUACAGAUAUAAGAGUGGUCCGUACUAAAGUUCAAAGUGACUGCAAAAAAUAUUGUUGUGAAAGACAUUCGGGAUCUAGACACAGUUCUGAAUGCCCAAAUGACAAAUCUAAAUCUUUAAGACUGAAGAAACUCACUAAAAAUGAUUUACAGUAUACAAGUAGGCGCCCAGAACAGCAUGCCAAUUCUUGUGAAUGUAAGUUUAAUCCAAAUGGUGAUUAUUUCGAUAAAGCGAGUGCGAGUUCCAAAGACUUAUUAAUAGAGAAAUCUAGUUUAGAAUCUAAUGAAAAUGCUGACCAAUCUGAUAAACAAAUGAAUGAUAAAAAACUUGUGGAAAAGAAACUUUGGGACCAUGAUAUAUCCAAUUCUAGCAGUAGUAGUGAUACCAAUCUAGAAAAACCACCAGAAGACAAUAAUCAUAAAUACAAUGCCCCAGAAACGGAAGAAUCACAAUUGACCUGUGAUAGCAAGAGUGCAGAUGAAAGAAGCGUAUAUAGCUUAGACUGGUUAUUUGAGGAAUCACCGGAACCGAUACUUACUAGCUGCUUAGAUACUUCAGGGUCAUGUCCGUUUAUUCCAGAAGAGGCGUUUAAUCAGAAAUCAUCAAAUGCUUUAGGUGAGUCAUCUUCGAAUAUUCCAAAAAACUUGGGAGCCAUACCAAAGCAGAUCAAAAACUUAGCACGUUCUCGAGCUUCGUCUCAGAAGGAGAACAAGAAGAAAGAUUGUAAAAAAGAAAAAGAUGAUAAUCAAAAUGACGAACGCAUACUUAUGGAUGCUGUUGAAGCUCAGGCUGCUUUGGUACAGGGUUUGGAAUGUCUAUUUGCUGCGACGAAUGCCAAUACAGUUGUAAUGCCACCUCCAAACAGAGAAGACAGAUCACGAAGUCACAGACAGAGUAUAAGAGGUGAAAGAGAAAACUCACAUAAAACAAGAAAACGAUCUAUUGAAGAAGUGGCACAAACAUCUACCAAUACUUUACUUCCAACAUCAAUGCCAUUAUUGGCGGCAUUUAUUAGUUCUCGAAUGGAAAUGGUGCCGUGUUCUGCCGUACCUGAUAAUCCUUCUCCGGAAAUUCCACACCAAUCAGAAGAAACACAAAGACAAAGGCCUUUAAUGGACAGAAAUCAUAGAAAUCGUGUCCGUAAAAUUAAAAGAUCAACUCGUCAGCGGAAUAAUCCAUCACAUAACAGUGCAGAUAAGAAAGAUAAAGCUGUAACCACUGAUAACUCAAAUAAUUCUAACAGUGUCCACUUCGCAACGUCUUUUGAUGAUACGAGUGAUGGAGCGAUACAUUGUUUUAUGGAUGAGCAUGGUAAUUGGAUGUCAUAUACAUUUGAUAAGAACAGUUCAGGAAGGGUCCAAGCUCAUCCAAUUCCAUUGCCAGAUAAAGAUGAUAAUCUAAAGUUAAAACAUAUUAAACCUGCCGAGAAUCCUGACAAUUCCCAAGAAACUGCAGGAGAAGGUAGUUGUGGGUCUUUAGAAUCCGAAGCAGGAAAUAGUGAAAGUAUAACAAAAACGAAACGCGGAGAUAGUAUUGAUCAAAGUUCAUCUAACCAGGGUAGCAACAAUCCAUUAUUAUCAAGUAAUAACAAUGUGUCUACAGUUGUUCCUAUAAAUACUAACAACGCAAAUAAACGUUUUUAUGUAUUUGAUGGUGGAACUAACACAGAUCAACCAAGAUCACCUGUAGCAUAUGUCACAGAUAGCUUAUUAGAACAAAUUGAAGCAGAAAGGCAGUCGCGAAUGGGUCUCCCAAGCAUGCAUAUCAAUUUCUUGAUAAACCAGCAGAGAGCACAGCAACAGGCGCAACAACAAGCUGAAAGUGUAUCAAAUAAUAUACCAAGUCUGAUGCCCUCUAUAGGAGAGGAGAGUGUAGAGAUAAACAUACGAAGUAAAUUCUCGAAAGUCUUGGACGAAAUGGAGAAAGUUAAUCAACCAAAACCAAAGAGUUAUUACAAAUUCAAACUAUUGAAAUGCUUUGAAAUAAAGGUUACCAUGGAUAGACUAAAACUGAUGGCGUUAUUUGAUCGAAAUUUAACUUUCAAGGAAACAUUCAUUACAAUAUUCUUGGCAAUAUCGGUUGCUGUGCUAGGUUCUCUAGUUUUAAACGUGGGCUUCUAUAGAGACAUAUAUGCGUUUUGGUUUUGUUUUAUAAUGGCUGGUAGUCAGUAUUCCCUCUUAAAAAGCGUUCAACCAGAUUCGGCAUCACCGGUGCAUGGUUUCAAUAAAAUGGUCGUGUUUUCUAGACCAGUAUAUUUUUGCUUAUGUACCGCUAUUUUGUACGCAGUUCAUAGUUGCAUAGAACAGAGCCCUGUAACUGGCGAAGUCGAUACAAGAAUAAAAAGAAGUUUCGAUGACACUAAACCAUUUACAAUAUAUGGAUUUGAACUGAAAGAGCGAGAGUUUCUACUUAUUAUUCAAGAGGGCUUGUCCAAAUUCUUAUUAUUUUUUCCAUUGGCCUUUAGUUUAGGUCUGUUUCCACAGGUCAAUACUUUUUUAAUGUAUUUAUUAGAACAGAUAGAUAUGCAUGUUUUCGGUGGUAAUGCCACCAGCAGCUUGAGCGCAGCUGUGUAUUGCAUAGUGCGAUCAUUAGCUGCUAUUGGCGUGUUGUAUGGAUUCGCGUACAGUGGUUUAGUAGAAGGCAAGAAAUCUCAGCACCAAAAACACAACAUUCUAUUUUCAAUUUUUUGCGGACUUCUUGUUCCAAUAGCAUAUCAUUUAAGUCGAAGUGCUAGUGAUUAUACUUUAAUUUGGAACUUGAUAAAGAAACAUCUUUUACCACCUGAAUUAUAUGUGAUUCAUAAUCCAGAAUGUUCACCAGGACAUAAUAAAGAAGAACAAAAUACAUUGAGCGAUGAUAAGAAAAACAACUCGGAAAGUAAUAUAUCUAAGCAAAAUUCGAUCGGGAGUUCCGCAUCGAAAAUAAAUUUUAGUUCGGAAACGAACAUUGCUAGAUCUCAAAAGCGAUCUCAGACUUCUAGUGUUAGCUCUCUCAAGAUGGACCCUCGAGCAGGGGAUACCAUGAACUCUUCAACUUCUCUAAAAGUUGAUCCUCCAACAGAAAUGGAGGACAAGGCUCGUGAUGCGAACUUAAAUAAUUCGACCAAUAAACAAGAAGCUACAGAUAAACCUGAGGAGGAUAUGGAGGAUCCUUUACCAAAGAAAUUACAGGCGACAGUGAACGCACGCCUCAAGAACGAUCUCAUAGUGUGCACUUUUCUUGGGCUGUUCGUAUUCGGUCUACAUUGCACCACCGUAUUUACGACUCUUAGGCCUCAGCUUAAUACGGUCCUGUGGAUAAUAGCAGGUAUAAUGGGGUGGAUACUCCACUACUUAAUACCCCAACUCCGUAAGCAGCAACCUUGGCUCUGUCUUGCGGGGCCAGUCUUGCGUCAACACGAGCAUGCUCAAUUCGAAGUCACUGAACCCGCACGCCUCAUGUGCUUUGAAAAGAUAUUCGUGUACCUGUGCUUCCUGGAGCGUAACGUGUUGUACCCGGCGGUGGUGGUGGCGGCCACGUCGCAGGCCGCGCCGGCGCUCGCCGCCAAGUACGGGGACGCAUUCGCAGCGCUGCUGCUCUGUGUCUGCGCACUCAAAUGUCUCAGGAACGCCUAUUCAGAACCAGAUACUCAAUACCUUGUCCUCGUGUUUGCAAUUCUACUUUUUCAACGAGACCUGAGCAGUCAAAACAUUUCGGAAACAUUCCUCGUCGACUAUUUUAUAACGGCUAUUAUUUUUAACAAAGUUUACGAGUUUUUGCUUAAGAUCCAGUUCGUAGUGACAUACAUCGCACCAUGGCAGAUCACGUGGGGCAGCGCAUUCCACGCGUUUGCGCAACCGUUCUCCGUGCCGCACUCCGCCAUGCUUUUCCUGCAAGCCGCCCUCUCCGCGCUGCUGUCCUCCCCACUCACGCCCGCACUAGGUAGUGCUAUAUUCAUGACAUCCUAUGUGCGACCCGUUAAGUUCUGGGAGCGGGACUACAAUACUAAACGAGUAGACCAGAGCAAUACGAGGCUAUCAUCGCAGCUCGAGCGGAACCUUGGCGCAGAUGACAAUAACUUGAACUCGAUAUUCUAUGAACAUUUAACGCGUUCGCUUCAACAUUACUUGUGCGGCGAUCUCAUGCUCGGCAGAUGGGGCCAAGUUCAACAAGGGGACUGUUUUGUUUUAGCAUCAGAUUAUUUGAAUUGUCUGGUUCAUAUUGUGGAAAUGGGGAACGGACUAGUAUCAUUCCAACUACGCGGGCUCGAGUUUAGGGGCACGUAUUGUCAGCAACGAGAGGUGGAGGCAAUCUCUGAGGGCCCUGAAGAAAGUAAUGGUGAGUGCUGCGCGUGCGGCGGCCGCGUGCUGGCGCCGGGCGCGGCGUGGGCGCUGCGCUGGCUGGCCUGGCAGCUCGCCAGCGCGCGCUACGUGCUCGAGGGGUACUCCGUCACUGACAACAGCGCCGUCUCCAUGCUCCAGGUCUUCGAGUUUCGCAAGAUGCUGCUCACCUACUACGUCAAGAGUAUAAUUUACUACACAAUACAGUCGAGUAAACUAGAAGAAUGGUUGGCAUCGCCUGUUUUAAUCGAAGCUCUGAAACCGAUGAACGAGAGAUCAUUCGUAGACUUGGAUCCAAUAUUCAAUGUCAAUCUGGAUGAAGAUUAUGACUUCAGAGCCUCUGGUAUAACUAGGAGCCGGUUCUGCGCGGUGUACCAGGAGUGGGUGGGGCACUGCGCGAUGCGGCGCGGGGCGGGCUGGCGGCGGCGCGCGGGCAAGGAGCCGGCGCUGGUGACGCUGUGCUUCGCGCUGAGCUUGCUCGGCCGACGCGCGCUCGCAGCCGCACAGCACCUCUCCACCUCCAGUGUGGAAUUCUUCCUCUACGGUCUACACUCUCUGUUCAAAGGCGACUUUCGCAUAACAUGCGCACGAGACGAGUGGGUGUUCACCGACAUGUCGCUGUUACACUCUGUACUGGCUCCAGCCAUACGGAUGGCCCUCAAGCUUCAUCAGGACCACUUCAUGUUCCCCGAGGAGUACUGCGACAGCGGCGCGCUGUACGAGGCGAUCUCAUCUCACGCGGAGCGGCUCGUGAUCUGCCACGAGGCGGCGCCCGCGUGGCGCUACAACGUGCUGCGUGGGGCGCCGCACCUGCUCGCGCUCAGACAUGUAAUGGACGAAGGAAACGACGACUACAAAAUAAUCAUGUUGAACAAGCGCCACUUGGGGUUCCGUGUGAUCAAAUUGAACCGCGAGUGUGUGCGCGGUCUAUGGGCGGGUCAACAGCAAGAACUCAUCUACCUACGUAACAGAAAUCCAGAGCGUGGAUCCAUACAAAACGCGAAACAGGCGCUGCGCAACAUAAUCAACUCGUCGUGCGACCAGCCGAUCGGAUACCCGAUCUACGUGUCGCCGCUGACGACGUCGUACGCGGACACGUCGCCGCAGCUCGCCACGCUGCUGGGCCGCCCCCUCACCGCCGCCGUGCUCAAGCGGCAAGUGGUCGCGCUGUGGAGACGGAUCCGUCGUCGUUGCGGCGAGGGUUGCUCGAGUGGGGGCGGCACGUGCGAGGUGGGGGCGGCCGAGCAGGGCGCGGCCGGCGCGGGCGGCGCGGGGGGCGCGGGGGGACGCGCCGCCACCACGCCCCGCCACAACGCGCUACACCUCUCCAGGACCUCGCUCGCCGGAACGCGCGGUAGCUUAGCGAGUGCGGGUAAACCCACAUCAUCGACACUAGCAUCAUCUUUAGCGGGAUUACUUAGAGAACAUUCACACGAAAGGACGCAAGAGGAAGCCGCAUACGGUAGUACUCAAGACAACAGCUCCCCGCGGAGACGUAGCGAAGAGAGGGGCGGCAGCGGGACGGGGGGGGCGGCCAGCGGGGGAGGCGGCGCGCGCCGCGAGCGGAACAUGCGCGCGCGCACCGCCGGCAAGGAGACCGGCCGACAGGCGGGCGCGGGGGGCGCGGGCGGUGCGGGCAGCGCAGGCAGCUCGCACGGGUCCCGGCCCGGGGACGCCGCCCGCUCCGCCACCUGCUGCGCCACGAGGACGGCUGAUCUCCCGCAGGGUUCUUUGGAUAGUGGAUGGGACGCAUGGAGGGAACAGCCAAGACGAGCAGUGAGUGCAAAGGUGUGUACACAACGUGCUGCGAGCGCUGACUCCUCGCUAGAAGACUUACCUCUGGAGCCGGGCGGCCUUGGUCUCGACCUCUCACUGCCCGACUGCAAGAUCAUCGCCAACAGGAACGCCAGGUAUUUCAUGAACGAAAUAACAUCGAAGGACCUGUCGAAACUUAGCAAAGAUAUACGACACGAGCGCGAGAGUUACCGUGAUCUCACGGGCCGCUACACCGAAAAACCGGAGGCAAUACCUCUGAAAGAGACGCACUACUCCGACUUGUCAAACAAAGAAUCAAUACUCAAGAAGGAAUCAAAAAAAGAUUCUAAGGCUAAAGAAAUAAAGACCAAAAUCAAACGGUCCGAUUCGGGCCGCAGUGAAUUGAAAAUAAACGUCAGCGUGGGCAGUAAAGUGUUGAUAAUCGAACCUCUGGGGGUGUACGACUGUAUUAAUUUGGGGAGGAGGAUAGACGUCCAGUGGCCGUCAGAAUAUCAACGGGAGAGGGGCGGUAGGAAUUUCUGGGGGAGCUGGGUGCCGCUAGCAGGAAUGGAUGGAUUGGUUGUACACAAAUGGACCCCAAGUCACAGAGAUCCCAAACUCCGAUCGCAUGUGGACAAGAGCAUCCUACUCAUCCAAAUAGAAGACAAGUUCGUUCCCAUCGCGGAGAACUGCGUCCAGGAUUUGGGCGAUGAAGUAUGAACUAUCUCGAUGUCAAUCGGUUGUAAUUAACUCGUCGAAUUUAUAUGUUUAAUAUGUAAGUUAAGCUUUGAAAAUUGGUACGAAAUAAUUCAAAUUGAAUUGAAAUUUAUCUUUAUAAUUA